CCCACCUGCCACAAAAUUUGAUCGCUUCAACUGAAAAAAUAAAAAUAAAAAUCAAAGCCGAGGGGAAGUGCGAGAAAAUUCAGAAAGAAAACGCGAGAAAAAGGAAGAGAACCCAACCAAACAAAACAAAAUAUCUGAAGUAGUGUAGAGUUUCGGGCUUUGAAUCUAAUCGGAGAAAGUUUUUCUAUAGUAAAUGAAAUAUGGUGGCUGAAGCAGAGGUUGUGUGUCAACGGAGCGUCCAUGUAGAUGUUCAAUUCUUUGCUAAUGAAAGCAGUGUUCAUGAGAUAGAAGAUGUUGUUACCGUCUCGCCGAAAAGGUUAAAUCAAGUACGAGUUUCGGAGUUGGUGCCUGCCGAUUUAUCUACCUCUCAAGUUGUGGAUGUGUCUCUUGAGCCUCCAACCUUGCAAUUUGUUCCCAGCAUUCGUUCUGGCAGCUUUGCCGACAUUGGGCCUAGGAGAUAUAUGGAAGACGAGCACAUAAGGAUAGAUGAUCUGCCUGCACAUCUGGGCUCCCUUUUCAAGUUUCCCAAGCCAAGUGCUUUCUAUGGGGUUUUUGAUGGUCAUGGAGGACCCGAAGCGGCAGCUUAUAUAAGGAAUAAUGCAACCAGACUCUUCUUUGAAGAUGUUAAUUUUCCCCAAACAUAUGAAGUUGAUAAUAUAUUCUUGGCAGAGGUUGAGAACUCCCUUCGCAAAGCAUUUGUUCUAGCUGACCUAGCUUUGGGAGAUGACCACAGCGUGAGUAGUUCUUCUGGGACUACUGCUCUUACUGCUUUUAUAUUUGGAAGGCUAUUAUUGGUGGCCAAUGCUGGUGACUGCAGAGCAGUUCUCUGCCGCAAAGGAGAGGCAAUAGAUAUGUCUCAAGACCAUAGGCCUGUUUAUCCAUCCGAACGAAAGCGUGUUGAAGAAUUGGGUGGUUACAUUGAUGAUGGAUAUCUCAAUGGUGUUUUAUCAGUUUCGCGAGCUCUUGGGGACUGGGACAUGAAAAACCCUCGCGGUGCCCCUUCGCCACUCAUUGCAGAACCAGAGUUCCGGCAGGUGGUUCUAACAGAGGAUGAUGAAUUUCUUAUAAUUGGUUGUGAUGGGAUUUGGGAUGUUAUGUCAAGUCAGCAUGCUGUCAGCCUUGUCCGUCGUGGGCUGCGUCGGCAUGAUGACCCAGAACAAUGUGCUCGAGACCUUGUAAUGGAGGCCUUGCGUCGCAACACAUUUGACAAUCUCACUGUGAUUAUUGUUUGUUUCUCCUCCCUUGAUCAAGGGGAACCAUCACCUUCUAGGCAACGGAGACAGAGGUGUUGUAGCCUCUCUGCAGAGGCCUUGUGUAGCUUGAGGAACUUGCUGGAUGGCAAUUCCAACCGUUGAAUGUAUAUAUAGCAUGAUUUAAAAAUAAAUUCUCUUUUUGAGGGGAAUAAACUGUUUCAGGCUGCUUCAGUUUGAACUUAGAAAAAGCAGCUUGCAUUUUUGUUAGGUGCUGAUUUUUCAAACGGCACGUGGUCAGUUGGACAGAUGUACAUAAGAGGCUGGCGGGUGGUGGUGUUGGUACUGAGAUUUACAUGUAUUAUAAUGUGUUUAUUGGGAUUUGAUUGCUCUAACAGUGAGCCCAUUGUGGUUGCCCCAUUUGAUGUAUUUCACUUUCAAUUGUGUACUGCGCCUAUAUAUACAUUUUGAAUAAGUUAUCUUCAUUUUUAUUUCCAUA